CUGUCAUCCUUGUACUAGCAUUCCACAGCAAAGUCUCCAAGAAUUCAAAGCCUCCAAGACCUUAACUUGCUAUCAUGGCUGGGCGUGGACUUUUAGCUGCAGGUUUGGUCCUCCUCGCCGCCGUCGCCCCGGCCUACGCCGCGGACUACACCGUCGGCGACUCGUCGGGCUGGGCUAGCGGCGUGGACUACAGCACCUGGGCAAGCGACAAAACCUUCACCGUCGGUGACACACUCGUGUUCCAGUACGGCGCGUCGCACAACGUGGCGGAGGUGGGGUCGUCGGACUACAGCGCCUGCUCUGCCACCAACUCCAUCCAGUCGUUCAGCGACCAGGACACCAAGAUCACGCUCACCAAGCCCGGCACGCGCUACUUCAUCUGCGGCGUCAGCGGCCACUGCUCCGGCGGCAUGAAGCUCGCCGUCAAGGUCGCCCCCGCGGCCACCACCACGCCCACCCCGUCCACCUCGCCAGACACGCCUUCGGAGACGCCCUCCACGCCUUCGGAGACGCCCUCCACGUCCACGACCCCGGCCGGGGCGACAACGGCGCCUUCCUCCUCCAAAUCAGCGGACAGCGUCGGCGGGGCCAGCGGCGUCGAGGCCCGCUCCGUGAUGGGCUCUCUGGUUGGAGCUGCAGGCCUUGUCGGCCUCGCCCUGAUGGGCUAGGCAAGAGGCAGUGCUUUGUUUCCGUUCUCCGAAUUGUUCAGUUCACGUUUUCUUCUUCCCUUGCCUCAAAAAAAAAAAAAAAACGUUUUCUUCUUCCCGAGUUGCACACUGCGUGCCUCCCCGUGGCUCCUCUUUAUCUGGGGCCUUUUCAUUUGUGCUCUAUUCUGUUGUGUGGUUAGAUCCUCCCAUUCGAUCGGGACUCGUGCUUGUAUGAUCACUUUGAAAUAUGGACUCUCCAUGUUGGUGC